AUGUGGUGGAAAAAAGAUGGAGUUAUUGGCUUCGGAUCCUACGGCACGGUCACCUUGGGCGUUCCAGGCCACUCUUCUUCCGCCUGGUUCCCCUCGCCGUCAUGCGUGGCCGUCAAGAGCGCCGACAUAGAGCAUUCCGAUUCUCUCCGACGCGAGGAACAGUUUCUAUAUUCCCUGCGAGGAAGCCCCAACUUUGUUCACUGCUACGGCACGGACACCAGCCUGGAAGACGACGGCAAACUAGUGUACAAUCUCCUGCUCGAAUACGCCGCCGGCGGUUCCCUGAAAAGCCUGAUAAAAUCGCGCCGAGGAGAGAUGUCGGAAGGCGAGGUCGCGUUUUACGCUUAUCAACUUCUCGUGGGUCUUUCGGAUUUGCACGCCAUGGGGAUCGUCCACUGCGACUUAAAACCCCACAACGUUCUUGUUUUCCCCAUGCAACAAAACGGGCUUAAUCAUCUCAAGAUUGCAGAUUUCGGGCUGGCAAUUCAUGAUAAUAAUGGAAAAAAGGUAGAAGAGGAACUUAGCAAGAAAUACGGUUGUCGUGGCACGUUACAAUACGCCUCGCCGGAAUCUUUAUACGGCGUUCACAAGGCCCCUAGGGAUGUUUGGGCGUUGGGUUGCAUUACUGUGAAGAUGAUCACCGGAAAAUCAGUUUGGGGACAGUACUGCAACAGAGCGGAUUUGAUGGCCAAGAUUGAAACCCUAGAGCCCAAAAUUCCAGAAAAUGUCUCUGUAAUUUGCAAAGAUUUUCUCAACAAGUGUUUGAACAAAAACUCUGAGGGGAGAUGGAAUGCUACGAGGUUAAUGACACACCCAUUCUUCUUGAGGAACUUGGCUCCUGUCAUAUAUUGGACCAAAGUGGACUGUGAUUAUGAAUUGCGGGAAAACCCUUUUGGAUAUGAUGAUCAAUGGGUGAACAACAAGGAUCUGUUUUCAACUUUCAACAGAUAUUCCCAUUAUGAUUGCAUGGAUGAUGAGGAGGAGUAUAUAUGCUAA